UUAUCAAACAUCCCUGCGCACCCUUUUCCAAACCGUUAAACCCCAAACCCUCUUCCAUCCCCCUCUCUCUCAGCCCCCGUUUCUCCCCUUUCUUGAAAUUUCACCAAAUCCCGACUUCGUUUCUUUCGUGAAUCCUACCUCGCCAAGAUUCCCUUUCUUUAUCCCUCUGAGUUCCAAUCCGCUUUGAUAUUUUGCUAAUCUCAGCCCCAUUUUCCUGCUAACAUUCCAUGGAUUCACCUUCAAGAACCUUCCUCCUCCUCUCCCUCUCCCUUCUGCCACUCUUACUGCUCCCAACCCCAGCCUCCUCCAAGAACAUAUGCUUCGAUUUCCGGUCCUUCUCCCUAAAUAACCUCACCCUCCUCGGUGACUCCUAUCUCAGAAACGGCGCCAUCGGCCUCGACCGAGACACCGGCAACCCGUCGUCGUCCAGCUCCGGCACCGCCGUGUUCAACCUCCCAAUCCAAUUCUCCGACCCAAGAACCAACACCUCCGCCUCCUUCUCCACCAGCUUCUCCUUCAAGAUCGCCAAUCCAAGCCCCGACUCGCAUGGUGACGGGCUGACGUUCUUCAUCUCUCCGGAUUCGCAGACGCUCGGGAGCGUGGGUCCUUAUCUGGGCCUGUUCGACGCAUCCAGCACCAUCAAGAACGGGUCAGCCAUCGCGGUGGAGUUCGACACCGUUUUGGAUGAAUAUUUCGGCGACCCGAGCGACAACCAUGUGGGGUUGGACAUCUCCAGCCCCAGAUCUCUGGAAGCAGUCGAUCUUUGGCCCCUCGGCAUCGACCUCAGGAGCGGGAAUCCGAUUACGGCUUGGAUCGAUUACCAUGGAGAUGAGCAACAGCUGAAGAUUUGGGUGGGGUACUCGAGUGCUAAGCCCGAAAGGCCCGUUCUUUCAACACGAUUCGGUCUCUCGAAGCAUUUUACAGAGUACAUGUAUGUUGGCUUCUCGGCAUCAGCAGUGACGAGCGCCGAGGUCCACCAGAUCGAGAGUUGGACCUUUCAGACCUUCGGGCUUCCCAGUCUGAAUCUUUCUCCUCGUACCCCUCACAAUGCGUCUGAUAUUUUGUGGAGCGUGAUCCCUGCAAGACCUGAUCCAAAACCGGGUAAAAGUUCUCAUAAGAAGCUGACUUUAGGCCUUGGAAUCAUGGGUCCUGCAGCCUUUUGUGUUGCCCUUAUAUUGUUUGUGUAUGUGUCUCUUAAGAAAAGAAUGGAGAUCGAAACAGAUAAAGAGAGCUUUAAACCAGAGUUCACGAGUGGCCCAAGACAGUUCCGAUACAGGGAGCUUUGCUUGGCAACUAGAGAUUUUCACCGCAGCCGGAUUAUCGCGAGUGGAGGAUUCAGUACAAUCUACAAAGCCAUUCAUGCCGUAUCGGGCAUUACAUAUGCAGUGAAGCGGUCGAAACAGUCUGAAGAAAGCAAGAAUGAAUUCAUUGCCGAGCUGUCUAUAAUCGCAGGCUUGAAGCAUAAGAAUCUAGUCCAGCUCCAAGGUUGGUGCACUGAGAAAGAUGAGUUGCUGCUUGUGUAUGAAUUCAUGCCCAACGGGAGCCUCGACAAGGUUCUUUACUCUGGACCCGAUGCAGGGACAUGCCCAGCACUCAGUUGGGCCCAGAGAUUCAAUAUAGCUGCCGGGCUAGCUUCCGUACUGAUGUAUCUUCAUCAAGAAUGUGAACCGCAAGUGAUUCAUAGAGACAUUAAGACCAGCCAUGUUUUGCUAGAUGCUGAAUUCAAUCCCAAAUUAGGAGAUUUUGGUCUAGCAAGGCUGAUGGAACGAAAUAAGAGCCCUGUCUCAACUCUGACUGCUGGAACAUUGGGAUACCUCGCCCCUGAGUAUCUCCAGUAUGGGAAAGCCACCGAGAAAACUGAUGUUUUUAGCUAUGGUGUGGUGGUGCUUGAAGUUUGUAGCGGGAGGAGACCUGUAAGCAGAAAAGAUGGCCAAUCUACCAAGCAUGUGAAUCUGGUGGACUGGGUGUGGGGUUUGUACUCAGAGGAUAAGCUUAUUGAAGCUGCGGACGGCAGACUAAAUGGUGAGUUUGAUGGGGAAGAGAUGCUGAGGCUGUUGCUAAUUGGCUUGAGUUGUGCAAAUCCCAAUUCAGCGGAGAGGCCUUCCAUGGUUAGGGCUCUUCAGAUACUCAACUCUGAGGCAGAGCCUAUGGCCGUGCCUAGAAAAAAGCCAUGCCUUACUUUCACUUCUAGUACUCCGAUGACCACUCGGGAGAUUGUUUCUGACUGCAAUGACAGUGCAAUAUCCAGCCAAUUGUAUGAACUCAAAAUUGAUUGAAGUUACUUGGUGAUAACGACUUGGAGUCUGUUAUAACUUUUUAUGCUUGAUGAAUUGGAGCACCUGUACAUGCUGACUGACUUUGGUGAAUAUUGUGUUAUCUUUGCAAUUUUGAGUCAGUGAUCAAAUGAUAUGUGAGUCAAGUAGCAUAACAUUGUCCAAUUAAGUUCAUUUACCGGUCAUAUUUUAGGAAGCAAUUACAUGCUAUGACUUAACUGACUGGAGUUGAUAAUGUCACACAUGUGUGAUGUA